AUGUCCAGCAAACCCGUCAUCGUACUCACCCCGGGAGCAUGGCACUCGCCAGAGCACUUCCGAGACCUCCGCGACGAGCUACACACAAGAGGCUGGGAGACCCGCGGCGUGAGACAUCACUCCGUCGGCUCUGAGCCGCCAAACAAGGGCUUAUACGACGACGCGGCCGCCACCGCUGCCGUGCUGCAAGAGCUCGCCGAACAAGGUCGGCAGAUCGUCCUGGUCGCUCAUUCAUACGGCGGUCUCGCGGCGGCCGAAGGCGCAAAAGGGUUUGGGAUCAAACAGAGAGCCGCGGAGGGCAAGCCUGGCGGCGUAAUUACACUUAUGUACCUCGCUGCGUUCGUGGGGCAGAAAGGGCAGAGCAUCUUGAGCAUGACGGGCAAUGUGUAUCCCCCGUGGACGAGAGUAGAGGACGGCCGGAUCCAUAUCGUGACCGCCGACGACCCCCUCUACGGAGACGUUCCUGCAGAGGCAAGGGAAAAGGCAAAGAGCUUGUUGAAGCAUCAUACGACCAUCUCGUUCGAGGAGACAAUAACGUACGAGCCCUGGCAUGACAUUACCUGUAUGUACGUCGGCUGCGAGGACGACCAGGCGAUUCCGUACUUUGCGCAGGAGCAGAUGCAGCAGCUCCUGGGACCCGAGGCAACCAAGUUGAAGUUGAAGUCUUCGCACUCGCCGUUCCUUUCUGUUCUGUCCGAGACGGCUGAUGCUGUUGAGCUUGCUGCGAAGAAGGGGUUGGAGGCUUUAUCGGCUUAG